AGUGAUAGUGAAAAGAUUUUUUAUUUCGAAAGAAGGUCGAGGAUUUCGGGUCCUUUGGUAGACAGUUGAGGCAAGGAGUAGAAUUGGAAAGCCGACAAAAUUGUGGAUUGUAACCGCGGAUUCUUCCGCGGUGGUUAGAUGUCUCGAGAGGCCUACAAUUCUCUACCAAAUAUAGGAUCUCGUGGAAGUCCAGGUACGCGCGCCAGACGACUCACUGAAUUGCCAACUGUCGAUAGAUCUCCUUCUCGUGAUUAUCAAAGAGGAAGUCCUUUAGGACAUUUGAGAUAUACCAGAUCUUCGUCAUACAAUUACGGUCCGUACCAUUCAUCCAUUUAUCCACACCAUUCUUUUGCAGCAAUGGGUAGUCCGUACUAUCAUCGGGAUAUGGAGGAUCCAAUAAGCCCAGCAUUGCCGGGACAUCAUCGUAGUCGAAGUGCAAGUCGACCACCUGUAACUCAUGCAAUGGAUUAUCCAAGGACUCGCUAUCAGUCUUUGGAUCGUGGCGGUUUAGUCGACCCUCAUGAUAGAGAAUUUGUUCCAAUACGAGAACCUCGUGACAGGUCUCGUGAUAGAUCAUUAGAGCGAGGUCUCUAUUUGGAGGAAGAACUCUAUGGAAGAUCAGCACGUCAAAGUCCAAAUCCCAUGAUGGGACCUGACCGCGGCUAUUUGGGUGAUUUACAAUAUCAAAAUAGCGAUUUACAACGUGAACUUGCAAACCUUAAAAAAGAACUUGAACUAACAAAUCAAAAGUUGGGAAGUUCCAUGCAUAGCAUUAAAACGUUCUGGUCGCCAGAACUAAAGAAAGAACGCGCUUUAAGAAAGGAAGAAAGUGCUAAAUACAGCUUAAUAAAUGAUCAAUUAAAACUAUUGAAUAAUGAAAAUCAAAAGCAAGCGAUGUUAGUGCGUCAAUUGGAAGAAGAAUUGAGGAUGCGAAUGCGACAACCAAGUCUCGAGUUGCAACAACAAAUUGAAACUUUGUACGCUGAAAAUGAACAUUUAACAAGAGAAAUUGCAAUCUUACGAGAUACGAUAAAAGAACUCGAAUUGCGUCUUGAGACACAGAAGCAAACUCUCAUAGCUCGUGAUGAGAGUAUUAAAAAGCUUUUAGAAAUGUUGCAAAACAAAGGCAUGGGCAAAGAAGAAGAGCGUGCAAUGUUCCAACAAAUGCAAGCGAUGGCUCAGAAACAGAUUUAUACUAGUUAUCGAAAUUCACCAACUGAUGGUUUAAGAAAUAUUUACGGUCCCGGCUCAAGUUCCACAUCCAAAUCUCAACUAGCAUCGACAACAGCAACGAAUCUUUACAAUUCACCGGUAACUAGUAAUAUCAUGUCAACAACAAAGACUUCAUCAACUUUGGGCUUGAAUCGUAUGAGUCCAUUGCCCAUUCGCAGAUACAGUUACAGUGGUCUUCCAUCAUCAACUUCUAUUUCUGACUAUAUGAAUCUGCCAUUGAAUGACAAUGCUGCCAAUAUAUCAAAUCUUAUAAGCGAAACAUGUCAAUCAAUAUCAAGAUCAUCAAAUAUUUUAAAUCGGCAAUUGUCGGCUGACAUGGCGCUAAACAAUCCCUGCUACACAAGUUUAUCGAAUUUAAUUGAAGAAAAUAUCCAAAGUGAUAUUGUUAAAUAUGAUUUAUUUAAUGAUCUUACCACAACGGCUAAUGUAACACCAAUUAAGUAUACAAAUUUUUAUUCUCAGCCGACAAUAGCCGAUCGAAUGAUGUUCAUGCCAACCACUGCCACGACCUCGUAUUUUAAUCGCAAUCUGCCGCCGUUAACUACUAACCGUUUAAUAAAUGACGAUUAUUUGUUAGCUAAGCCAAUAUUUAGUAAAAAUUAUAAUCAAUUGACAUCGUCUUAUUUACAUGAUGGUUACCAUACACAAACAUUCACACCACACACAAAUCAUCAUCUUCAUUAUGCUUCAAAUCCAUGUCUCUCUUCUUCUUACACGACACAACCAUACAAUCAUUAUCCUUUAAGUAGUUCGUUUAAUCGAAAUUACUAUCAAUCUUAUCAUCAGCCAACGUUCACAUCACGUCCGUCAUCAAUUUCAUCGCUUAAUCGUUACACAACUUAUCCCAAUACCUACUCGACUUUCAAUCCACAACCGUAUUAUCGGACAGGAUCUAGAUUAGAUUUAGAUAAUCCCAAAAGCAACGAAAUAAAGAGACAAUUGGACGAGUUUCGUCUUGAAAUUCAGAGACGUGAUCAGGAAAUCAUGAGCAUGGCAGCAAAAAUGAAAACACUUGAAGAACAACAUCAGGAUUAUCAACGUCACAUUUCUGUGUUGAAGGAAUCAUUAUGCGCCAAGGAAGAACAUUAUAAUAUGCUUCAAUCUGAUGUUGAAGAAUUGCGAACAAGACUCGAAGAAAAGAAUCGUUUGAUUGAAAAGAAGACGCAAGGAGUUCUGCAAACACAACAAGAACGUAAUCGAACCGUGACAGAACUUGCUGAAAUAAAGGAACACAUGGACAUUAAAGACAGAAAGAUUAAUGUACUUCAGAGGAAGAUUGAGAAUCUCGAGGAUCUGUUGAAAGAGAAAGAUAAUCAAGUUGAUAUGGCUCGUGCUCGAUUGACGGCAAUGCAAGCACACCACUGCAGUUCAGAAGGUGCUUUAACAAGCUUAGAAGAAGCAAUUGGUGACAAGGAAAAGCAAAUGAAUAUGUUGCGUGAACAACGAGACAGAGCAGAAAGCGAGAAGAUUGAAGAGCGUGAAUUACAUGAACGAGAAAUUGCAGAGUACAAAAUGAAACUCCACUCUUUUGAGAGUGAGGUUGACAAGUUGACAUCUCGUUUGCAUCGGGCUUUAGCUGAGAAAGAUAGGCUUGAAAGCAGAUUGGAAUGUUCACAAAGUGAACUUGGAAAAUCAAAGGCUGAACUCGAUAAAGCCUCAACUGACAUUGGUCGUAUUGGUAAUUGGGAAACGACAAAUCAAAAGAUUCAACGUUUGGAAAUUGAAAAUGAUCGUUUGCGUGGGGAGUUGGAGAGAUCACAGGUUGGAACGACAUUUGGACGCAAUACAUUGUCGACAUCUCAAGAAUUGGAUCGAGUUCAAGAACGCGCCGAUAAGACGAUAGCAGAAUUACGUCGAACACAAGCGGAACUUCGAGUGACGCAAAGUGACGCUGAGAGGUCGCGCGCAGAAGCAGCUGCACUUCAAGAGAAGCUUGAGAAGAGUCAAGGUGAAGUUUACCGUUUAAAGGCGAAAUUAGAAAACGCACAACAAGAACAUGACAGUAUGAGACAAGAACUUGAACGACAUCAGGGAAGUGUUCAACGUAUUUACAAUGAACGAGAUAAGGCAGCUGGUGAGAUUGAGAAGUUACGUGAAGAAAUGGAACGAACACAAGCAACACUAGGAAAAUCUCAAUUGCAUCAAGAGAAGCUUCAAAACAAUCUCGAUAAAGCUACAAGUGACGUUGAUCAUCUUCAAGAGAAACUUGAAAAAGCAACAAAUGAAAUACGUCGGUUGACAAUUGAGAAAGAGAAGACAACUUACGACUUUGAAAAUGUUCAAUCACAGCUUGAUAAAGCACUUGGACAAGCAGCUCGUAUUCAGAAAGAAAGAGAAACUAUUCAAGUUGAUACCGAACGUUAUCGUGAGAAAUGCGAGAAGCUUCAGAAUCAGAUGAUGCGUGUACAGAAGGAACGCGAUGUAUUAUUCGAAGAACUCGAAAAGGUCAAAGAACGUAAUGAAGGCUCACAGAGUUUGAUGAUUAAAGCACAACGUGAGAAGGAAGCAAUUCAAACCGAGUACGAAGUUCUCAAAGAACGAUGGGAGAAAACUCAUUCAAUUCACCAGAAACUUCAAAUGGAACGUGACGAUUCCAUCACGGAAAUUGGCAUUUUGAAAGAGAAAUUGGACAAAGCAUUAUAUGCAAGCCAAAAAUUAAUCGAUGAAAAAGAUUCAUCAACGAAAGAGUUUGAAAAGGUUCUCGAGAAAUAUGAUAGAGCUCAAAAUGAAAUCUACAGGCUUCAAUCGAGAGUUGAUACAGCAGAAGCUGAUCGCAAUCGACUUGAGGUUGAAGCUGAAAGAUCCACUUUAGCUGCUACUAAAGCUCGAGAAGAUUUGAGAAAACUUCAAGAAGAGACAUCGCGAUUGCAAGAAGCUUGUGAUCGAGCUGCAUUGCAACUCGGCCGACAUAAAGAAAUGGAAGAUAAAGCGAAGGAAGAAGUUGAUUUGUUCCGUGAACGUGCUGAUAAAUAUCAAACUGACAUUCGUAAGCUGCAAGCUGAGAAAGAACAUCUCGUAGCUGAAGUCGAACGAUUGACAUAUGAAGUUGAAAGAAGUCAUAAUACUCAUACCAAACACAAUGCUGCUUUAGAGAAUGCCCAUGAAGAAGCUGCCAGACUCAACUUAGAGCUUGAAAAGAUGCGCGAUCGUUAUCAGAAAUCUGAAGCUGAACUUCGACAUCUUCAAGAAAAUGAACAACAUUCAAGGGAGAGUCGUCGACUGAAAGAAGAAAAUGAAAGACUUCGUGAACGAAUGGAUAAGAUCAUGAUGGAACUUGAACAGAUUCGUGGCAAGUCACAAUAUGAACAAGAAGCUUAUGAAAAAUUCAAAGAGAAGCUUCAACAGAAGGAAAAUGAUUUGAGUGCUUUGGAAGCGAAAUUACAUGAAACGACAUUGCAACUUGAACUUUCACGUCAGGAAACUCAGAAAUAUGUUUCAAGUCAAGACAAACAACGCAACGAUUUAGAGCGAACUCAUAUCGAAUACGAGAAACUUCGAGAUCGUUAUGAGAAGAUUAUAAGAGAAAUGGAACGAUUGAAACAAUCAUCGAGUUCGAAUAUAAAUAACAUAAGUCCAAGUCAAUCAAUGGUUAAUCAGCCCGUAAAUCCAGCUGAUCGUGGUGAAGUGGAAAGAUUACGUGAACGUUUGGAGAAAACUUUACAGCAACGUGAUGCUACUGAAAUGGAAGCUGGUCGUCUAGCAAAGGAACUUGAAAAAGCACAAAUUCACAUGACUAAACAACAAGAAGCCUACGAAUCAACACGAAUUGAAUUUGAGAGAAUGUCAGCUGAACUUAAUCGUGUUCUAGAAUUACUUGAGAAAUCAGAAGCUGAGAAGGAAGCGAUGCGUCACAAUGCCAAGGUAUACGAGAAGCGUGACAUGCAUGCGGGUCAAGUUGAGAAGACGAUGAUGAAGCUUGAAUCUGAUUGUAAACAACUCACUGCCGAACGUGAUCAACUUGUAUUGCAACUCGAGAAGAGUCAAGAAAUGUUGAUGAACUUCCAGAAAGAGCUUACAGGUGCUGAACAAGAACUUCAAAGAUUACGACAAGAAAAUCAAACACUUCGAAAUAGAAGUCCACAACAAGUUCAACAAAUGCAACAAGAAAUUAUGCGCCUUCAACAAAUGCUCCAAGAAUCAGGUCAAAGAGGUAAUGGAGAAUUGGAGCAAUGGCGUAAAGUUAUUGAACAAGAAAAGACACGAGCCGAUCAAGCUGAGAUGGCAAUUCAAGAAUUCCAGAAACACCAUCAAGCAAUGGACAAACAAUUAACACAACAGAAUCAACAACUGCAAACACUUCAACAACAAAUUCAAACGCAAACCGCGACAAUUCAACAACAGCAACAACAAAUUCAAACUCAACAGCAGCAACUUCAACAGAAGCCACAACAGAAUCAAAAUCCAGCAAACAAUGCACAAAUUAAUCAGCAACUUGAGCAGCUUAAGAAAGAUUUACAAGCAGCGACGGUUGAACGUGACCGAUUCCAAUCGCAACUUGAAAUGUUGGUCACUGAGCUUGAGAAGAGUCAAUUGGAGUUGCUUGAAGCAAACAAGAAGAUCCAAGCAGUUCAACAGAAUAAUGUUGGACAUCAACAGCAAGAUGAACAAACCAGAAAGCAACUCGAAAUGCAAAUCAAACAAAUUGAAGAUACAAAAAUGCAAUUGGAUAAUGAGAAGAAAGCUUUCGAUGAACAAAAGAAAUCUGUCGAGAAGAAACGUAAAGAUGUUGAAGCCAAAGAACAGAAGAUGACAGAACUUAAUCAGCAACUUAAUAAACGAAAAGAACAAAUGGAUCAAUUGGAGAAAUCACUACAGAAAGCUGGUGGAACUACAGCAGCAACGACAGAACUUAGUAAGAAGUUGGCAGACACACAACAACAACUUGAGGCAACUAUUAAGCAAUUGGAGACAGAAAAAGAAGGAGCACAACGAGCAGCUCAAGAGACAGAACGACUACUUCAGCUUGUACAAAUGUCGCAAGAAGAACAAAAUUCUAAAGAAAAGACAAUCAUGGACUUGCAACAAGCUCUCAAAAAUGCUCAAGCGAAAAUCAAAGCACAACAACAACCAACAAAUCCCGUCGAAGGUGCUGCUCAACAGGCGACCGGAUUCCUUAAAAGCUUUUUCUAAAUUAUCUAUUCAUCUUUUCCUAAUAAAUUCACAUUUAUACUUAAAAGAACGCCAUUAUUCAACGAUGUACUUCUUAAUCUUCAUGUCGUCGUCUUUUGCUUUUUAAAUCAAAAAAAUGAAAAGAUUAAAAAUGGGAUUAAAAUGCAAACGAAGAGAAUUUGAGAUAAAUUUGAUAAAGAAAAGUAAAAUUAUUGAUUGACGAAUGUUUCGAAAUGUGUAGCAGAAUUGGAAGCCUGAAUCUAGCGGAAUCCAUGACUGGUAUAACAAAAUAAAAACUUUGAGAAACGUGUCACAUUUCCAUGAUUAAUUAUUCAUACAAUAAAUUAAGUGACGUAAAUGUUUCUUAAACGCAGAACUUUUCUUUUGUUUUCUAUGAUUUUGCAAAGAAAAACUGUAACAAUGAGAUUAGAACAUUGAAAAGUUUUCUAUGAUAAUCAAUUAAGACUCUUACUGACAUUCUUUCGAUUCUUCUAAGCAUCGCACUAGAUAGAUAUCUCGUUACUUCUCUUACAUACAAAAAUAUUUAAUUUCGUUAUCUUCUACGGUACAAAAUGAUAAAAUUCUUUAAUUAUGAAUCUCGAAAACAUAAAAAUAUAAAUUAUAAUAAUUUAUUCUAAUUGUCUCGAUUCAUUGGC